UAGGAUUAACCACCACUCUUCUAAUGUAUUAUAAUAUUUUAGGAUAUAUCCAGAUGGUGCAGCAAAGUCCUAAAGGUACACCCUCCAGACGUACACCUACCCGGGGAGCUGGUCCCAAACACAAGCAGACCUGGGUAAAGUGCAGCAGUUGUGAACUGAAGACCAUGUCACACCAUGAGUGUGACACUGUUGGACCCUGUAUUGGUGAGGGGUUGGUAAGACUGACUCCUGUUUACAAAGACACUGCAUAUUGUCACUUACACCCCGACACUAUGAAGGAGAUAGGUAUAAAAAUAGGCUGCUUUGCUAGGAUAGCAGCAGAUGUGAUGGAGUGCUGGCCUGAUACCUCACUCCUUCUCGACCAUGUGGGCUUUUCCUGCCAACAAAGGGGACUAGUCACUCUUAUUCCCAUUGAAUCUUUCAAAUCAGCUGCAGAAGUUACUGUCUCUGUCGAGGGGGAUAUCGAUCAGAGCUACCUACCGUUCGUUUUACAGAAUAAAGUGGUAUUUCAAGGACAGAAGAUUUCUGUUCCUUAUUUCAGCAAAAAAAUCAGCAUUAUUAUAGAUUCUGUUAUACCUAUUUCUGGACAGGCUAGUAAUUCCACUGAUUCAAAUGGGGUUCCCUCUUUAGCUGCUCAGUUAUCUGAAGCCUCAAUAUCAGAUGUUUACUACCAAAUUCUUCCAACGUCCAAGUUUGUGGACAAGCAACUCCCUGUAACGUUACCUAAAAUAAUCGGGGUAGAGAGCAUCGGUAGCGACAUUCAGGAUAUUUUGGAACAGACAUUGCAGAGUCCCAGUGUUUUCGGAUCUAUGGGCCCUCCGCAAACAUUACUUAUCACUGGGCCCUCUGGCUCUGGUAAAACGUUACUGUGUCAAACCAUAAUGUUGUCAAACGAACAGUGGCCAAGUUGUUGUGUCCAGGAGUUUGUAAAGCCCAUCCCUUGUGAUGAUAAUGUGAAGGUUGUUCUUCUUGAUGGGUUGGAUUCUAUUGGAGAUGAUCCCACCGGGAAAAUAGACCGUGUUUCAAACUUCUUAAAGUCUUUACCCCGAAGUGCGUUUGUGUUAGCCACUGCAACUCACUUACCACCAGCUCUUCACAAGUUCUUCCCUUUACAACUUCAAAUGCCAGCUGUUACAUCAGAGAUAAGGACUGAAAUAUUCGAGAAUUUCCUUACCGAAAUAGAAAGCGAACUUUCGUCAGAAGACAUUAAAUCAGUGUCUUUUAGAGCUAAUGGUUACGUUGGAGCUGAUAUCUGCAAUGUGUGCAGACAAGCACUGCUGCUAGCUGGAAAAGAUAAACUCAACAUCUCUCACCUCCUCACUGCCCUUACUAAGAUACCGCCCCGCUCAAUGAACGAUAUAAAGAUAGAAGUACCGGAGGUGAGGUGGACUGAUAUCGGAGGGUUGCAGAACGUGCAGGAGCUGCUUACCAGGGUAAUAAGCUGGCCAAUAAUACACCAGCACAAGUACAGGGAGAUGGGGAUAACUGCACCUAGAGGUGUCCUCCUAUACGGACCUCCCGGCUGCUGUAAAACUAUGAUGGCUAAAGCCCUCGCCACUGAAUCCAACUUGAACUUCCUGUCUGUAAAGGGACCUGAACUGUUAUCAAUGUACGUGGGGGAAAGUGAGAGAGCUAUAAGAGAUCUCUUCUCCAGGGCUCGGUCAGCAGCACCUGCUAUUAUAUUCUUUGAUGAAAUAGACGCGCUGGCAAGCCACCGUGGGGCUGACAGGGGGAGUGGGGUGAACGACCGGGUUCUAGCCCAGCUUCUCACGGAACUGGACGGAGUGGAGGGUCUGACGGGAGUUGUUGUUAUCUCUGCUACAAACCGUCCUGAUCGCAUUGACAAGGCUCUUCUGAGACCAGGUCGUCUGGAGAAGUUAGUUUACAUUCCUCUGCCUGACUUGCAGUGUAGAGAGGAGAUAUUCAAGCUCAAAUUCAAGAGAAUUCCUCACGAAGGGCUCUGCUUUGAGGAAUGUGCUAGAAUAACAGAGGGGUUAUCUGGAGCGGAGGUGGUUGCUGUGUGCCAUAAUGCUGCUAUUGAGUCUAUUACAGCGGGUGUCGUCACCCCGCAAAUACUCCAGACUGCUAUUAAUGACAUUUCUCCUCAAACUUCACCCGAGUCACUUAUACUUUACGAAGAUUUCUCUAGGAAUAGAUUGUAAAAAAGUGUUGUUUACUUUUGAAGCUUUUUUCUGGACGAAUUUGUAUUAAUGAUGAAGCAUCGUUUUGCUAAA